AUGGGGCUGGAGGGUUGCGAGUCCAAUGACCUAGCCUGGAGAAGCGGCCUGAGUCCCUGGUUCCACGGACUGGGGAAGGAGUCUGCAGGGCAGCGCGUCGGAAGCCGGUUUAACGCUUACCACACGGCCGCAAGCCAUGGGCUUAGGCGGUCUGCUGGCUGGACCAUGCUUGGAGAAACAUCCCAGGCUGACCGCUGGGCAUGCGGCAGCGAUGGCACGGUCGGUUCCUGCCAGCGACGGGAGCUUCAUGUUAGUGUGAUUUUAGGGCGACCUGUAACUGGCCGAGGUUGCCCCGCUGGGCAAGUAGCCCGUAAUGGAUGCCCUGGGUUGUUGCGAUAUUUUUCCCGAACAUCGAGAAGGCUCAUGUCGCGGUAUCAAAAAGGUGCUGAGCCCCCUCGGGCUGUCUGCAGCGCUGCGCAGCCUGACCUGAUCUCAUCUGGUCCCUGGUUACCACUGUAA